AUAUAUAUAUAUAAGUAAUUUUUAAAAACGACUCCAGGGAACUGCCUGAGAGCUGAUGUACUACUGAUCUGGGCAGGGAGAGACUCAUCACUUUCUGGAUCCUCAACUGAUUUCCGGCUCAGCCUGCAACAAGUCUUCCCUAUGUGUUCUUGAACGAGUCUCCCUGUCAGAAAAUGAGGAAUUAGGUGCUGACCUGGAAGGUCUUCUCAGCCAGCUACCUGACCCCACUUUUUGUGUCGAAGUUCCAGCUGUGUGACCUUGAAUAAGCCACUUAACCUCCUUGAGUGUUAGUCACGCCAAACACAAGGGGAGGGAGCUCCGCCCUCCCCAUGCCUUGCUCACCUUGCAGCUGCCGUGGGGUGGGGAAUCACUUGAGGGUGAACUACCUCGUGAUAUCAAAGGUGUCUGAAGCUGCACAUGGACAGGAGCUAAGGCUGGGGGGGUGUGGAACAGGCACCCAGGUUGAUGGUUUUGUCCUAUUUACCAUCUCCCUCAAGACCAAAAGGGACAACACACCGUAAAAAUAAGGAGACAAAACAAUUCUCAAGGAGGGCCAGUGGUGUCACGCUCACCUUAAAUCCCAGCACUCAGAAGGCAGAUCUCUGAGUUCAGACCAGCCUGGGCUACAAAGAGUUCCAGGACAACCUUGUCUCCAAUGAAUGAAUGAAUGAAUAAAUAAAUAAAUAAAUAAAUCUCAAAUAUAAAGACUUGGAGUUAGAACAGGCCAAGUAUUUAUGUAACAUGCUUUAUCUCAAAUGACAGAAAACCACAGAUAUGUUCUAACUUUAACAUUUAACCAGUGAGCCGCUCUAAUGCCCUAGUUAGAUAAGUACGUGUCCCAGGUUACCCCAUGAAGGAGACACAAGGGUGAAGGUCAACAGGGUCAAAUGAUUCAAUGAUUGGGCGUCAGGGGAAUACUGGAAGUCAUUUAUGUGUGCUCAAAGCCAGCCUGUUUAUCUGAUCCAUUCUUCUAACCAUUACCUACCAAUGUGUCCAUCCCCACCUCUCUUCCCCAGCAGCUCUGGGCCAGGAACAUGUUGAAGGCAGUGGGACUUUCUUCGUCUGCAUUGUAUACCCAGCCCCAGCAGAGAGAGCCUGUGUCCCCAGCACAGCUCCCCCGCUGACUGUCGGAUGUUGAAAGUAGACGUGCAGGACCACUUAAUUUUUAACAGAUGAACAGACUGAAAAAGGAAGGAGACACUGGGUUCCACAGUGACGUGGGUUGGGAUGGGGACAGUGCCGUGGGCUGGCAAAAGUUCUCUUGCUACAAAGUAGGUGCUUGGCUUCUGCUGCUUACCCACAAAAGCCCCAGGUAACAAGCGUUUACGGCUUGGCAGCUAACCAAGGCCACAGGCACUUUUGUUUUCAAAUGUGUUAAUGCAAUGUUUUCCACCAGCAUUUGAAAAAUCAACACCUCUGUGGAGAGAGCAUUCUAAACUGACCCCCAGAUUUAGACGACCUCAGCUAGCCACCUGCAUGAUUAAUUUAUUCCCGAAGGCUGAAUAUUGAAGUAUCUUUUAAGAGGCGGUAAUAUUUGUGAAAAGCGGGCUUACUUCAUAUAGCAUUCUCGUGGGUGCUAAGUUGCUUAUGAGCAAAUGGUCCUGAAACAAAACGGUGUUCUCUCAAAGUCAGUGACUGAGCGCAUGGAACAAGUGAGCUAUUGUUUGGGAACUACAUUCCAGGAAAGGCGGUUCUAGGUGCAAGAUGGAGAACCUCUCCAGGGGCAUUAUUUUCUUCCCUGCAUAAUACCACAUCUUCCUUAACUUAAUGACAAAGGGGAGCAGUGCUGAGUGGGGAGGAGGCACAGCUGAGGGGAGGGAGCAGGCCCUGGUGUGCGCAUGUGCCUGCGUGUGUGUGUGUGUGUGUGUGUGUGUGUGUGUGUGUGUGUGUGUGUGGUGUAUGAUGUGGUGUGUGUGUCUAUAUGUGUGGUGUUUGUGUAUAGUGUAUCUAUCUAUGUGCGUGUGAUGUGUCUAUGAGUGUGUAUGGUAUGUGUGUGUUUGGUGUGUACACACACCUACAUAAUAUCUGUAUUAUGUGUGUGGUAUGUGUAUCUGUGGGUGUCACUCUGUGUGUGUGUGUGUGUGUGUGUGUGUGUGUGUGUGUGUGGGUAUGUGUAUCUGUGUGUGGUGUGUAUAUCUAUGUGUGUGAUGUGUGUAUCCGUGUGUGUGUGGUGUGCAAAUCUGUGUGUACCUAUGUGUUUGGUGUUUUUCUCUGUGUGUGGUGUAUCUGUGAGUCUAUAUGUGUGUGUAGUGUGUGUGUAUGUGUGGUAUAUCUGUAUGUGUAUGUGGUGUGUGUGUGUGGGUGGGUGUGCACGCGCACUAUAUGUGUAUGUGUGUGCUGUAUGUGUAUUGUAUUGUAUAUUGUGGUAUUAUAUCUGUAUAUGUGUGUGCUGUAUGUGUAUGUGUGUGCUAUGUAUAUGUGUGUGCUGUGUAUGUAUUUGUGUGUGCUGUAUGUGUAUAUGUGUGUGUGCUGUCUGUGGUAUGUGUGUGUAUGUGUGUGGUGCUGUGUGUAUAUUUUUGUGUGCUGUGUGUGUGUAUGCGUGUAUGUAUAUAUGCUGUGUGUGGUAUGUAUGUGCUGUGUAUGUGUGUAUGGUAUGUAGAUAUGCUGUGUGUGUGUAUGUGUGUGCUGUGGUGUGUAUGUGUGUGCUGUGGUGUAGAAAUCCCACUGCCGCUCUAAGCCCCCAGACUCUCCCUCAUGUCUGCCAAGCCUCCCUCACCAAAUUGAGAUAAGUCUAAAAAGAGGAGGAGAACAGCUAACACCACACAGCAGAGCUCUGAGCCACAACCACCUGCACACAUAAUGAGCUGCCCUACCUGCCUCGAGCUUCCCCAUCCACAGUCUGCUCAGGACUUCCUGUGCGUCCCAUCUUCACAGUGGCCAGUUGUCCCAACAUGGAGUCUAACUCUUCCCCCAGGAGACUUGAACCAACCCCUGUUCACCCCAAAUGGACAGGCCAAUGAGCUUACUGCAACUAACUAUAGCAAUAUGUGUGACUCACGGGCAGCUACAUUGCCCCAAAGCCCACCCCAUCAUGACUGACAGCUCAGUAAAGCCACACCCUUGGAUCUUCCACCUUACAGGCAGCUUCAUCAGUCCUCUCUCUCCAGAACAUGUUUGCUCCCUGGUGGGGGUGGGUAUAAGCUUGUGUGUGCAGGUGUGUUUGCCCAUGUGUUCACAUGUGAAGUCCUGAGGUCAAGGUUGGGUGCCUUCCUCUAGCCUUUUAGGGUCUUGUGUGCCUCCCCCUCCCUUUACAAUGACUAGUUACUUGUAACUCUUCCCUGGGAGACAUAAAGCAUUUUUUUUGAGACAGUGUUUCUCUUUCUCUUCUGCCUGUCCUAGAACUCAAUCUGUAGACAAGGCUGGCGUCAACUCACAGAGAUCUGCCUACCUCUGCCUCCAGAGUGCUGGGAUUAAAGGUAUGGUUUGAGACAGGGUCUCUCACCAAACUUGGAACUGUUUUAGUUAGACCGGGUGGCUGCAAUAUCUGCCUGUUCCCACUCUGAAGCAAUCCACUGUGCCCACUGUGGUUGUGCUGUAAGUUUUGGGGAUCUGGUAUCAUAGCUUCAUGGUUAUCAAGCAAGCACUUAGCCGACUGAACCAUCUCUCCAACCCCCUUGUUGACUACUUUUAAAACCUUUUGGAGGAAGUGGGGCUGGUGAAUCUUCUAAUUUUCAUGAACUUUUGGGAUCCCAUGGGCUUCAAUGCUUCUAGUUCCUCCCUCUUCCUUCCAGGAGGGAAAAUUUCCUGAGGAAAACAGCUACAGACUGCAUAGAGUGAGGGAAAGCCGCGGCACCCAGCACCGUCAGAUCCUCACACUUUGACAUAUUUGGCUUUUCUCCUAAGAAAGACAAUCUUACAGACCUGAUUGAACACACCUCUGUGCUCCUUUCUAACCCCAGGCCUUUCUCUCCCCGUCUAAGACAGGUAUCUUUCAUUGCUCGAGUCUGGUUAAUACUUCUACACUACCUGACUAAACCGUGCACAAAUGUUUAAUUUUCUACCACACGAUACCUAGGUACCUCUGUGCUCAUUUCCCUCUAGGGUGCAUGCCUGCUAGGGUUCAGCGUCUUAGCUUAGUUUCUCUCAGGAUACAAUUCCAUUGUGUGAACCUAUCACAGUUACAUCGUAUCUGGACUGCUCUUAGUGGGUAACUGAUUUCUUUCUUCCUUUUUCUUUUCUUUUCUAUUUGUUCGUUUUUGCAUGCCGAGUGACACUAAACUGAAGGCACUGGCAUCUUAAAUCCCACUUGACAUCACCCAACGGCUCUCCCAAGUCCUAGCAACUGACAUCUCAAUUGGCAAAUCUGAGAGGCCCCUGUGCUAUACCCCGACUGACCGCAUUCCCUAAGAUGGACAAACUUUAGCUCUUUGCCACGCUGGGGACACCCGAUGGUGCUGCACAGUCCUUCGAUUUGCAUGGCCAUCAGUCCCUCUCGCAUGGCCAGUGAAGGUGAACAUAUCUUCUUAUUUUUGGCCACUUUGGCUAUUUGGGUUUCCUCUUUUGGGAAUGGUCUGUCGAUAUCUUUUGCCUAGCUUUAAAUUUUUAAAUCAGUUUUAUUUGAAGGUUUUCAACAUCACCACCUUGGGGGGAGGGGGGAACAAGCCGAAAACACAGAAGUGCAGCUAACAGGGUAUGGUGGUUUAAAUAUGCUUGGCCCAGGGAGUGGCACUAUGAGGAGUGUGGCCUUGUUGGAGGGGGUGUGGCCUUGUUGGAGGAGGUGUGGCCUUGUUGGAGGGGUGUGGCCUUGUUGGAGGGGGUGUGGCCUUGUUGGAGGAAUGGUGUCACUGUGGGGAUAGACUUUCAGACCCUCCUCUUAGCUGCCUAAAAACAGUCUGCUCCUGGCUUCCUUUUAAUGAAAAUGUAAAACUCUGAGCUUCUUCAGCACCAUGCCUACCUGGAUGCUACCAUGCUCCCGCCUUAUUAAUAGACUGGACCUCUGAACCUGUAAGCCAGCCCCAAUUAAAUGUUGUCCUUUAUAAGAGUUGCCUUGGUCAAGGCGUCUCUUCACAGCAGUGGAAACCCUAACAAAGACAGAAGUUGGUGCCAGGCACUAGGGUAUUGUCAUGACAGGCCUGACCUAUCACGCUUUGUGUGGAGGAAUGUGGAUUUUGGCACUUUUUGAAAAGCAGUGGAAUGCCUUAAGUGGGGCUUAAUGGGCUAUCCCGAUAGCAAUAUGGAAGACUUCGUUGCUGAGGAUGAUUUAAACUAUGCAAGCCUGGUUAUAGAGGAUUCAGAGGAGAAGAGUUUUAGUAUGUGGCUAAGAUGCUAUUCUUGUGGUAUUUUGGUGAAGAAUGUGGCUGCUUUCCACCCUUGUCUGAAGAGUCUGUCUAAGGCUAAGGUGAAGAGAGUCAAAUUAAUUGCGUUGACAAAGGAGGACUCAGAAGAACCCAGUUUAGACUCUGUGGUGUGGUUUAGUCUCAUGAAGAGUGUGUUUUGAGUUCAAGGUCAAUCUACAGACAAGUUCCAGGACAACCGAGCUUAGGCAGUGAUGGAGUUGGAAAACAGAAAGCUGGUGGUAGUGUAAUAGAAUGAGGGGCCAUGUUCCAGCUCUAGGAAGCAGCAGAACUCCACAGCUUCCGCCAUGUAGCUCUGGCUUCAGAAUCAAGAGGAGGAGACGAGGGGCUGGGGAUUUAGCUCAGUGGUAGAGCGCUUACCUAGGAAGCGCAAGGCCCUGGGUUCGGUCCCCAGCUCCGGAAAAAAAAAAAAAAGAACCAAAAAAAAAAAAAAAAAAAAGAGGAGGAGACGACUGGGACAACUGAUGCUGGUUCGCUGGAACUAAGAAAUUAGUGGUGAUUAAAAAGAGACUAACAUUUGUAAGGCAAAAGACACUGUCAUUAGGGCAAAACGGCAACCAACAGAUUGGGAAAAUCCUAUAUCUGAUAGAGGGCUAUUAUCCAAAAUAUACAAAGAACUCAAGAAGUUAGACUCCAGAGAGCCAAAUAAUCCUAUUAAAAAAUGGGGUACAGAGCUAAACAAAACAUUCUCAGCUGAGGAUUAUCGAAUGGCCAAAAAGCACCUAAAGAAAUGUUCAACAUCCUUAGUCAUCAGGGAAAUGCAAAUCAAAACAACCCUGAGAUUCCACCUCACACCAGUCAGAAUGGCUAAGACAAAAAACUCAGGCGACAGCAGAUGCUGGCGAGGAUGUGGAGAAAGAGGAACACUCCUCCAUUGUUGGUGGGAUUCAAACUGGUACAGCCAUUCUGGAAAUCAGUCUGGAGAUUCCUCAGAAAAUUGGACAUUACACUACCUGAGGACCCAGCUAUACCUCUCUUGGGUAUAUACCCAAAAGAUGCUCCAACAUACAACAAAGACACAUGCUCCACUAUGUUCACAGCAGCCUUAUUUAUAAUAGCCAGAAGCUGGAAAGAAUCCAGAUGCCCUUCAACAGAGGAAUGGAUACAGAAAAUGUGGUAGAUCUACACAAUGGAGUACUACUCAGCUAUCAAAAACAAUGACUUCAUGAAAUUCAUAGGCAAAUGGAUUGAACUAGAAAAUAUCAUCUGGAGUGAGGUAACCCAAUCACAGAAAAACACACUUGGUAUGCACUCAAAUUACCCAAAAAGCUCAAAUUACCCAAGAUGCAAUCCACAGACCACAGGAAGCUCAAGAAGAAGGAUGACCAAAAUGCAGAUGUUCCCACUCCUUCUUGAAAGGGGGGGAAAUAAACAUAGGAGGGGAUUUGGAAGUAAAGUUUAGAGCAGCAACUCAAGGAAUGGCCAUUCAGAGCCUGCCCCACAUGUGGCCCAUGUACAUACAGCCAGCAAAACUAGAUAAGAUUGAUGAAGCUAAAAAAUGCAUGCUGAAAGGGACCAGAUCUCUCCUGAGAGACACAUCCAGAGCAUGUCCAAUACAGAGGUCAAUGCUAGCAGCAAAUCACCGAACUGAGAACAAGACCCCCUUGGGGGGAAUUAGAGGAAGUAUUGAAAGAGUUGAAGGAGGUUGCAACCCCAUAAAAACAACAAUGGUAAACCAGAGCUUCCAGGGACUAAACCACUACGGAAAGACUAUACAUGGACUGACCCAGGGCUCCAACUGCAUAUGUAGCACAGAAUAGCCUUGUUGGGGCCCCAGUGGAAGGGGAAGCCCUUGGUCCUGCCAAGGUUGGAUCCCCAGUGCAGAGGAAUAUGGGGGGCAGUAAGGGGGAUGUAUAGGGGAAAUACCCAUAUGGGGGAGGGGGAGGGGAGCGAAUGGGGGUUUAUGGACAGGAAACCAGGAAGGGGAAUAACAUUUAAAAUGUAAGUAAAGAAAUAUAUCUAAUAAAAAUUUUAAAAAAGGGGUUGGGGAUUUAGCUCAGUGGUUAGAGCGCUUGCCUAGGAAGCGCCAGGCCCUGGGUUCGGUCCCCAGCUCCGAAAAAAAAGAACCAAAAAAAAAAUUUUUUUUAAAAAAAGAGAGAGACUAACAUCACCGAGGUGACCUCUUUUGGGGGGAUUGUUUUAUGAGAGCACAAAGAAGCUGUGUUCCAGAAAUAGCCAAGGUUGUAGCGCAUGGUUCAGCUGGACUUGGUAAUGUGUAAGAGUCGCCCAGGUGGUACUGGUUUUGGAACACAAAGGAGUGACGGAGAGCAGCUGAGGCUCCGAACUGUGAGAGGCCAUGGAAGGCCAUUGGUGAAGGUGCAGCCUCAGUUGCAAUUGAUGGCCCAGGAUUGAAGGGGUCAUGCACAGGAGCUGAGGCUUGUCACCAUGAAGAGCGCCUAUGAGAGGCUAUUGGUGAGGCCUAGUUACAGUGGAAGACCCCAAAGUAUUGGACAUGCCAGUACCAUAGGACGAUCACCAAGAACAGCAGCGGCAGUGGAGUGGAGUCCACCAGAGCCUAGAGUGGCACGGAGGGCAGAGCUGGAGAAGUGACACCAGCUCUUUGGAGGAGCCCAGAAGAUCAUGUGUAGAUCCCAGAUAUUGGAACAGGGAGCUGUGAAAUUGAAAGUUGAAGUUGCCUUGGACACCUCAAGAUGUUAGAGAUGCCAGAGCUUCGAGAUACCUGCCCAGAAAAGCUGCUACCAGGGAGUGCAACCAGCCCAGGAGGAAGAAGUGUGUUGCACAACAAAGAUCAAGGGAGUUGGAGAUCUGAAGCCCGAUUUGACAUCAGACGUGGAGAUGCAGAGUUUAGAGUUUGCCCAGCUGUUUUUUUUUUUUUUUUUUUUUUUUUGUCUUGCUUUGGUUUUUAGGAUUUCCUCACUGUGAUAUUCUGGAAUGGUAAUACAUAUCCUGUGAUGUUGGAGGUCUGUGCUCUGUUUCUUGAUUUUGAUUUUAUAGGUGAUUACAGUUUAGUGACUGGAUGAACAUCAGAAGAGACAUCGAGACUGUUAGAGACUCUGGGAACUUUUGAAGUUGGACUAUAUGUUUUAGCAUUAUGCUAUGGUCCCCAUAGACUCAUGUGUUUCAACAAGCCUAUGGGGGCCAGGGAGUGGAAUUUGGUGGUUUAAAUAUGCUUGGCCCAGGGAGAGGCACUAUUAGGAGGUGUGGCCUUGUUGGAAGUGGGCUUUGAGACCCUCUUCCUAGCUGCUUGAAGACAAUCUUCUCCUGUCUGCCUUUGAAGGACAGGAGAGGCUUUGGCUCCUCCAGCCCAUAUCUUCCUGGAUGCUGCCGUGCUCCCACCUUGAUGAUAGUGAACUGAAUCUCUGAACCAUAAGCCAGCCCCAGUUAAAUGUUGUCCUUUAUGAGUUGCCUUGGUCAAGGUGUCUCUUCACAGCAAUUUCCCUAAGACAUGCGGGAAACACGGGAUGCUCAUGAAUCUGCAAGUCAUCCUUGAACAGGGCCAUGCUAAGUUUCUCUGCAUCAUUCAAAUUUUAGUAUAUAUGUUGCCUAAUCAAGCUCUGAUCAUUUUUUUUAUUAGUCUAUUGGUUUUUCAAGACAUGGUUUCUCUGGCUGUUCUGGAAUUCCCUCUAUAGACCAGGGUGGCCUCAAACUCAGAAAUCCACCUUGCUCUGCCUCCCAAGUAGAUUAAAGGCCUAUGCUACCACUCCUGGCUAGCACUUCUUAUUGUUUUAACCUGGAAUUUUUUUGGGGGGGAGGGGCAGUCCAUUCAAUUCCCUCCCCCUGAAAUCCAUGCCUCUCUGUUUCUGCAUCCUGUCCAAAUGCCAAUUCCUCCUUGGAACUUAGCUUGUAAACCACUGUGAACGACACCACGUUUCUUGUGACAUUACAGUCUCCUGUCUUUAGUGUGUCAACAGCUUCUCAUUUCAUACACCGCUUUGGAGUUUACUGAAGCACCUGCUCCUUCUUGGCCUAUGUUAACUUUAUCUAGGCGAUGGCCCCGUGGGGCAGAGUAGUGUUGCCACUGCUUUGGAACAGAUAGAAUGGGGUAUAUAAAUAAACCUUGGGGGGUGGGGCUGACUAGCUUACCCACAGUCCCUCUGCUCAGAAGCAGAACUGGCCUCAGAGCAACAGUUCCCAAAUUAUAUGCCAAAGGUCUUUGUUCACAUUAAUGUGUUUCCCCCGUACUGGCUUCCUCACCGGACUGCAGGCCCCAAUUCCCUUACUUGCCUGUGUGCUCUAAGCCAGUUGUAGCCCUACACGAGAGAACGGUGGAUGGAUACAGAUGGGACAAAGUUCACUAUUUACCUUCUGCCCACCUAUGGGGUGACAAGGACUUAGUAUACAGCGCCUCUAACCAUCCCAACAGCUGGACAACAAGUGACGCAGAGUCUCACAUCCAAGAAUAGGUGGCGCCAGCCCAUGAGCUACAGAGACAGGCUUGCUCUGUUGUCUCUGCCUCUGGAAUCCUAAAGGUGCCUCUGGGCAGCCUCGGGCUCGUGACAGAGCUUCCUGGACAGAGGUGUUAUCUCUGCAGAAGGCAAUGUGUAGCUAUGCCUUCCUAGGCUGGAAGAUCCUGUCUGGUGGGGCUGCUACCAACUUCCUUUCCAGGCUCAGCCAAGGGAGACAGAUGCUCAAAUUAACCAGAUUCUGCUGUGGGUCAAAUCCCCAGGAAGACCAGAGAAGCAGGAAGACCCAGGGGAAAGGGGGGAUGUGGACAUGUGAAAGAGGAUUCCUAUAUCUCAAGCUGGGGGGCGGGGGGAAGAAGGUGGAAGGCAGGCAGGCGCUGCAGGUCAGACUGCCCACCACGCAGGAAGCAGAGGACCAGUGUGGCCCCUGGAAAAUGAACAGGGAAGGCUCUGGGAAGGAAAAGCAGUACACAACCACACCAAGAAUGCAAGCAUUCCAGCAGGGUGUGCCUGCAGGGGGCCUUGCUAGCAGGUGCAGUGGGCAGUCCAGACCGAAAGCAGAGAUGCGGGUAGUGGGUGUUACCAGUGUUAUCUCCAGCCCUGGCGCCAAGAGUGAGUCUGGUUGAGGACACUCUGUCUUUUCUCCUGGAGGGAGGGAGAUCUUAUCUGACUGGAGCCAUAUCCACAAGAUCUGUCUUAGGUCUGCCCUUUACGUAUUUGUCGUGUUUGUGCCCACGGUCUACGUGACUAUUUCUCUUACACUGUUAUCUCUACAGUGCGUGACUGGCAUACUCGAGUGGGUCUUGUGGUCACUGUGUCGGAGCUCUAUGCUGCUGACUUGUGUGUGCCGUGCACGCGGUUUCGCGGGAGUCUAUGCUGAAGGCAGAGUCAUUUUGAGUGUUGUGACUUAUGGCACACAUAUGUGUGCGUGUCCUGUGUCCGAUUCUCUUAGGCUUGCCCUGGUCUCCGGGGAGUGACGUGGAGUGUCCGUGCUGUAAGAUCAAGGUGUUGGGAGACCUACCCGGGUCCUGAAAGGUCUGGGUGUAGUAGCUGUGCGCGUGUGGUGUGUGUACGCCUGCCCAGCCGUGGGUCUGUGCAGCUGUGUUUCCGCGUGUGCCCGCUCUGCUCGCUGCGCGGGGGCGGCCCCGGGAGGCGCUGCGGGGCCCCGCCGGCCGCGGGCUCCAAUGGCAAAGCCGGUGCGGCCCCUGCUAAUUACAUAAGCGGGGACGUCAAUAAUUCGCGGGAAAACGCGAAAAAGAUGGCGCCCCGCGCCCGGGGGGCCCCUUCCUGAGCGCACCGGCCCCUCCCUCCCUGCGUCCCCUCCUCCCCGCGGCGCCCCCGCCCCGCCCCGCCCCCGCCGAGACCCCUACCCCGGCCCCAGGGGCGGACACUCGGCCGGGCAGUCCUGGGCCGAGCGCACCACCGCCACCGAUGUGCUUGGUGGCCAGACUCCAAGUGGGACCGGCUGACGCGCUGCCUCGCGCAGAAGCUGAUGGAGACGCAAGCUCUGGAACCAGGGACUCAGGAAGCCUUUGGUGCCACCAGCCCUAACAAGGGGGCCCCGUCUAAGACCAAAAAGAACUUCAAAGACUUGAUGUCUAAGGUGACAGAGGGACAGUUUGUGCUAUGCCGGUGGACUGACGGGCUAUACUACCUUGGCAAGAUCAAGCGGGUCAGCAGUCCUAAGCAAAGCUGCCUCGUGACUUUCGAAGACAAUUCCAAAUACUGGGUCCUUUGGAAGGACAUCCAGCAUGCUGGUGUUCCAGGAGAGGAGCCCAAGUGUGAUGUCUGCAUGGGGAAGACUUCAGGACCGAUGAACGAGAUCCUCAUCUGUGGGAAGUGUGGCCUGGGUUACCACCAACAGUGCCACAUCCCCAUAGCAGUCGAUGCCAACUGGCCCCUCCUCACUCACUGGUUCUGCCGACGCUGCAUUUUCGCACUGGCUGUGAGGAAAGGCGGUGCGCUGAAGAAAGGCGCCAUCGCCAAGACGCUGCAGGCAGUGAAAAUGGUGCUGUCCUACCAGCCUGAGGAGCUCGAUUGGGAUUCGCCCCAUCGCACCAACCAGCAGCAAUGCUACUGCUACUGCGGCGGGCCUGGAGAGUGGUACUUACGGAUGCUACAGUGCUACCGGUGUAGGCAGUGGUUCCAUGAAGCCUGUACACAGUGCCUAAGUGAGCCUAUGGUGUUUGGAGACCGGUUCUACCUGUUCUUCUGCUCCGUGUGUAACCAAGGCCCAGAGUAUAUCGAGAGGUUGCCCCUGAGAUGGGUAGACAUAGUUCACCUGGCCCUCUAUAACCUGGGAGUACAGAGCAAGAAGAGGUACUUCGACUUUGAGGAGAUCCUGGCCUUUGUCAACCACCACUGGGAGCUCCUGCAGCUUGGCAAGCUCACGAGCACCCCUGUGACAGAGCGAGGGCCGCAUCUCCUCAACGCUCUCAACAGUUACAAAAGCCGGUUCCUGUGUGGCAAGGAGAUUAAGAAGAAGAAAUGCAUCUUCCGACUGCGCGUCCGUGUCCCGCCCGCCCCUCCAGGAAAACUGCUUCCGGACAGGGCACAGAUGCCAAGUGACAAAGGGACCUUUGAGCUGCUUCGUAAGAGAGGAAAGAGCAAGCCUGGUUUGUUGCCUCAGGAAUCCCAGCAGCAGAAAAGGCGAGUUUAUAGAAGAAAAAGAUCAAAGUUUUUGCUGGAAGAUGCUAUUCCCAGUAGUGACUUCACCUCAGCCUGGAGCACGGACCACCACCUGGCCAGCAUAUUCGACUUUACACUGGAUGAAAUUCAGAGUUUAAAAAGUGGCAGCUCAGGCCAGACCUUCUUCUCAGACGUGGAUUCUACCGAUGCUGCUAGCACCUCAGGCUCUGCGUCCACCAGCCUCUCCCAGGACUCCAGAUGGACAGUAGGCAGCCGUAAGAGGAAGCUGGCGGCCAAAGCGUACAGGCCCCUGCGGGCAAAGCAUCGGGCAGCCGAGCCGGAUGGGAGAUGCGCCUCAGACAGCAGUGCAGAGGGAGCUCCGGGCCCUGAGCAGCAGGAUGAAGGCAUCGACAGCCACACGUUCGAAAGCAUCAGUGGAGAUGACUCCUCCCUGUCCCAUCUCAAGUCCUCUAUCACCAACUACUUCGGUGCAGCUGGGCGGUUGGCCUGCGGGGAAAAGUAUCAGGUGUUGGCUCGGAGGGUCACUCCAGAAGGCAAGGUUCAGUACCUGUUGGAAUGGGAGGGCACUACCCCUUACUGAUUAUCCCUCAGAGGCUGCCCAGAGGCUGCAAACCAAAGGAGGGGCAGAAGAAGCCCCUGGGUCCCUGUUUUCUCCAGGCUUACGGUGGUGGAGGGAAGCAGGACAUCCUGGCCGCAGCCCCUGCCUGCUGUCUGCCAGGCCAAGGUCUGUGUGCUGCUGUACCAGUUGCCCGAGUCUCUGAGGCCCUGCUGGCUCUCUCUCGUCUAUAUCACACUCCAUACCCUCAAACUUUCCAUUGGUUCCUCCGAUGGUACCCUGGCUGUGACCCCUGAUCUGAGGCCUGAAACUGAUUUUCGUUGUCCCCAGUUCUCCAUCUUCUGACCUCUCCCCUGCUUGGGUGUUUCAUGCGGACACACAUCUUCCAUGCACAUAUGCUCAUCUGUCCCUCACUGGGACCACAGUGAGGAAAGGGAACCCUGUGGGUCUUCCACUUUCUCACCAGUACCCCUCACCCAGGAGAGUAGGGGAUGCCUGAGAAAGUUCAGGAUGCCUGCGACCCAGAGCCUGGGAAGUGAUGGCCUGGGUCUCUACUGAAGGGACGAGAAUCAGGGUCUUUUAUUGAGGCUGGGAAGGGGGACUAAGGGAGUCAAGGCCAAGGCUCCCAGAAGUUUGCCUGUCCCCAGCAACAGCUCUUCACUGUUGCCGCAGACUAGAGCCUGGCCUUGCUACAUAGACGUGUUCUUGAACGCGCAGAUCUGGGAGGAAACGAUGGGGAGGACCCAUCCCAAACACUGUGUAUACAGACAAACACCACCACACAUCCCCACCAGGGUGCCCUGGCCCUGUCCUUGGCCUCUUCCAGGGAUAAAUGCUGCAGUUAAAUGUGAAAACCAAGCUCCGGCCUCCUCUGGCCUGUGAACCAGCCUUGGCCCCACAGAGAAGCACAAAAGACACCCCAAGACACCCCUCUCCUGCAUAGCUCCUGCCUUGCCCAGAAGCUGACAAUCACUUUGGGGAUGGGGCAGCCGGGGGCGGGGAGAGAGGGCAGUUCCCAAGGGUCUGAAUCAUUGGUUCCCUUCAGAAAGGAAGUCUUUGUCAUCGAUGGUAAAAUAGAAUUCUUAGAAUGGACAAACUCAGCCGUGUCCGGAGGGAAACCAAAACUAGGAGGUAGGCAGGGAGUCCUUAUUUUUGCCUGCAGAAACAGAAACUGACUCGCUCGGUUGGACAAUUAGAAAGAAGUGCCUUUGGGGUGGGAGGCAGGGGCACCAGACUGGGACCAGCUUCCCUGACUGCUGCUGUGGCUUCUGGCUGGGAGUGGGGAAAUGGACCAUCGCAUGGCGACAUCAGACUAUAUCAGAAGUGCUGAUUUCCCCAUGAGUGGGUCUGACCCCUCCACAUCCACCUGUGAGCAUUAAGGAGGAGGGGGAGUCCCUGAGGUAGGCUAGACGGUCCCUGCCAUACACCUCAGCAACCAUAGUGCCUUGCAAAGGAACCUCACCUCUCACUAGACACAGCUACCCACGUCCAUCUGCUUCCCCGUCUUGGCUCAGGCAGGGCUCAGCAGAUGGACACUGAGACCAGUUCUCAGUCCCACAGCUGCUGCCACUGAGGUCCCCAAGUGGGUCCCGGUGGAAGGAGAGUUGUAAAGCCAACUCCCAGGCCAGCAGGCAUGUGGGAACUGGGGUCAAGUUUGUGGCUUCCUGUUGGCUUCUGUGAGCACGGCAACCUCCAACAUGUGUUUUCCAGGCUACUGGGGAAGCCAGAGAGUUUAGGAUGGCUGUUUGUACAUCUGUCCCUCCUCCCCUGCUGUGCCCCAGAAGCUCUAGGCCUGAGGAGCAGGAAGGCAGGUGGGGUGCUCAUCCCGCUGGGGAAGCUAGCACAAGGCCUGACCAGGUCCUGGACUCCUCAAGGCAGCAUUUCACCCCUACAUGACAAUAGCUGCAUUACUGCCAACCGAUGGUACGACCCUGUGCACCUUUGAAGAGAUUCUGGUUUUAAAUUGCUGCUUUUAAUAGUAUUUGUUAUAUUAAAGUUAUAAUUGACGUGUCUGGUUUACAACA